AUGGAUUAUUAUGAUAGUAUUGUACAGACCGGGGAGGAGGUGUGUAGUGGAGGGAAGGGUCACAUGGUACGACCGGUGUGCGGAGUGAUCUCCUUAUCUUCAGUCAGUGUUGGAGGCGAGGCGCUUCACACGAGCGUGGUCUGUAGAGGAGAUGGUCAUUACUGUGUGUUGAGUGACGUCACACUCACACACCAUCUACAGAGCUCGGUAUCUGAUGAUACGAACUUGAAUCACAUGCUGGUGACGAAUGUAUGA